UUUAUACUCAAAAAUAUUACUUUGCCCUGUAUUAACGGGAUCGAUGGCGUCAAAAAGUCUGCUUCGUUAGUAAUGGUGGGCAAUUUGGGAUAGGCCUAAGUCCAUCAGUGGACAUGCUAGACCGAGUACAUUGAUUGAUGGAAUGCUAUUAAAUACGCACACAACAUUAUAGUCAUAUAGGAAUCUUGAAAACAUUAAUAGUAUCCCGUUAGGUCUUCCCCAGAAAUUCUCAGUUCAUGAAAGAAAUACUUGCAGUCACUCUCUCAUCACGAUUACGAGGUACCUACUGAGAUAAUUAUAAUAAUUAAGAACAACCAACCUCUUUCAAAGCACUGGCAGAAAAAAAUCCCUAUUUAGGACAGAAAAAGAAGAAAUAGGGGGGCCUCUUUCCGUUUUCAAACGUGACAUUUCGACCAAAAAUGUCACUACACUAUGCACUCAUUAGAAACAAGUCUACAAUUUAUAAAAAACCUUUAUUUAAUAACUGUAAAGCGGUACAGUUAUGAUACCAUAUCGAAAUUGCGAAGUAUUCGCUAGUGUUAUUUUCUUUUUCGUCAUCAAAAUUUUUUGUAGUUUGGCAAUCUGGUAUCGCGGUAUGUAUAGGAAGCAACCGACUUUAACCAGUAUACCGGAGCGAAACGAAAGCGAGGAAGAGCAUCUGACUAACAAAUGGGUGCCAAAGAAGAAACACGAAGUGCUUAAAGCUAAGUAUAAAUGUUUGAAGAAACUCUUCCAAAUUUAUGACGCGAGCGUCAUAGGGAUCCUGCCCGAAUCGUAUAACGGUGAAGGCUGUUUAGAAGAGGAUAUUAAAGCUAAGAAGAAGAGGAAGAAACGCUCGCAUCGAACGAAAACCGAUGCUUGCGCUGGUACUACGGAGGUAUCGAGCGGUGAUGUGACUACAGUCAAAUCUGACACAGAGAGAGAGUCCAUAGCGACAGCCGUCAUCCGAGACUUGAAGAUGACUCAAUGUUCCUGCACAUCAACUCAAAUGGAGUCGUUAGUGUCAAAAGACCACAAAUACGCCGCCACUCAGGACUCGAAAGAAAACAUGACGGUAGAGAAGGAAAAGGAGUGUGAAUGUACGCAGACAAGCGACCCCCAUCCUAUCCCCUACCUAAUGAUAAACGAGAAAAGGAAACUGACGCGGUUCCAGUGCUUCAUCCAGAGAAUAUUCGGUAUACGUCGGGACCGACCGUACAAGAACUAUGUUCUGCCAAAUGGCCACGUAUAUGCUGCCAGCGAUAACAAUAUCUCACACAAUUAUUGUGAGAAGCGACGGAGAAAAGGUUUGAGGUUCAGGAGACUGCGGCGGCCGAAGAAAAUACAGUCGGAGAUUGCGCUAAGGGAUGUGAAAAGUCCCGUGAUCCUGACGUACGUGCAGUCUGUGCAGAGGAACUGUUUGAUGGAUACGACGCCGCGGCAGUGUCCCAUCACAGGGUGCCGGAUGAUUUCAUACGGUAUAAUAAACUACAACGACCACCUGAACCUCUGCCACUUCACCGACAAGAAGUACAUCUGCCAUUACUGCCACGAGGGCUUCGAGCGCGAGUACGACAAGUACGUUCACGAGAAUGAACACAUCGGCAUAUCCAAACUAGGGACCAACAUGUCGACACCCUCCACCACGCGGCAGUCCGUGAAAAAGGCAAGUAACACCCAAACUGAUCCCGAAAUGACAAAAUGCGAUGCACACGAAGACAAAUUAAAGAAGAUCGUGUCAUUCUUCGACAAAAUCAGCGACCCUGACCAAAUUUUAACGGAAAUCAAGAAGAAUAGGUUUUCCGAGUCGAAUCUGCAGCAGUCUAAGACUGAGUCUAUCGAAACGGCAGAAGAGUCUGAUUCUUCUGACAAGAGGACAGUGAGUUGUGUCAACCUUCACCGGAAGGUGGACAAGUCGAAGUGUACUUCGUCUGGUGAAUCCGAGGUCACUUCGAAACACCACUUCGGCGGGCCUAUCACUUGCCAUCUUUGUGGAGAAAAUUUUAAUUAUAGGCGCCAACUAAGUCUCCACGUAGACCUAGAGCACCGUGUCCACGACAAGUUCUCCAAGUUCCACAGCUGUGCGGGCAUCGUGAACCAGCGGCCGCCGCCGCGGGUGGACAUGGUCUCCGAGGACGGCAAAAUUAAGGUCCAGAGUAUCGACAGGUCCAGGUCUGGGGUUCGAAGGUCCAACUCAACGUUUAGUCAGGAGACUUAUUCCGAUGUUACUCGGCCAAAGUCCGAGGAAAGUCUUAGCUGUGAUCCGUCCACGAAUAUCGUGUAUUACACGUCGGUGGACACAGUGAAGAAACCGUCCGUUGUGAACAAUUUCGUUCAGAAGGUCCGAAGUGGCUUCAACAGUUAUAAGUGGGAGCCCGGGACGAAAAUUAUUCGUGUAUGAUACCGUGCUGUGAAGUGGCAUUUGUGUUUUGUUACAAAUAUAGUCCAAAAGUCCAU